AUGGAACAGCCCGGCGAAAACAAGAAGAAAGACGAAGACGAAGACGAAAGAAAGAGAGAGAUGCCGCCGUGGGAUCCUCCGUCCGCGGGCACGCAGCUGCUGGCCUCGCCCCUGAUAUGCGUGCUACGACCAGUCUACGGGCUGCUGUCUGCCCUGCGCGCGCCGCCGUACACUCGCUCGCCGUCGCAGCGGGCCGUCCGGGUGGUCUGUCUGUCGGACACGCACUCGCAGCACCGUGCCGUGGGCGAGAUACCGGACGGCGACCUGCUGAUACAUGCCGGCGACCUGACGGACCUGGGCACGCCGGCGCAGAUCCAGGAGGCCGCAGACUGGCUGGAGAGCCUGCCGCAUCGGUACAAGGUGGUCGUGGCCGGGAACCAUGACGGGUGGCUGGACGAGAGCGUUCGUGGACGCAUAGCCGAGAUCAACGACAUAGACAUGGGAAAAGCUGGGGCUGAUAUAGACUGGAAGGGGAUACAUUAUCUGCAGAACUCGUCUGUCCGGCUGGAGUUUGGGUCGCGGACGCUGACGGUGCAUGGGAUACCGCAGAUACCGCAGCUGGAGCCGCACGUCACCAUCCACGCCUUCCAGUACCCGCCAUACCACGUUGGCCUGCCGUGGCCGACAGCUCCACCAGCCGAGACAGACAUACUGGUGUCUCACAGCCCGCCGCUGCACCAUGGCGACCUGUUUCCGAGCAGCAUUGGGUGUGCUCACCUGCUGGAGGCGGCGUGGCGGGUGAAGCCGGCGUUAUGUGUGUUUGGCCACACGCAUGCGGGCCGUGGUGUCGAGCGGGUGUACUACGACGACGCACAGCGGGCGUGGGAGAUGAUGCUGCAUCGACGGCGGGAAGGAGGGAUGCUCUGGUGCCGGGGCGAUCGGGGAUGGAGCUGGUGGCUGUUUCGGCGGUGGGCGGUGGUGCGCGACCUGGUGAGCGUGUGCUGGGCGUGGAGGGAUGCGGUGCGGGUGGUGUUUGGCUCCCUGGCGGCUGUCAUCUGGACGAGGAUAUGGGGAGGAGAGCGGCCGCUGGGCAGGGAAGGGUGGAUGGUCAACCCGGCGUGUAUGGACGUUAGGGGCCAGCGGAUCGUGGCUGGGCCGGUAGUGGUAGACUUGUAA